AUGGAUACAAUGCAUGCACACUGUGAUCUGGGAUAUCUGUCGUUUAUUAGUACAUUCAUUUGUUGUUUCUUGACAGCCCUAUCUGUGGUGUGCACUUACGAGUAUAUGAUGGUUUACCUGGAGCACACUAAGCAUCCCAACCUGGACAUGGAUAGUAUCACCCUGAAAGACGUCAACUGCAAAUUAGCUGACCUGGGAGACUUCAACGGAACUCACUUGAGGAUGGAAGUGCCACUGGACGGCUGUAUGACCAACCAUACCACUGCAGAAGAUACCAUCACUUACGCCAACAGCAUAAUAGCUGAGACUCGAGCUAGUCAAGGCAGCAUCUUGAUCUCCAGAGAGUUCCAGGCGGAGUUUCCAUUCAAGUGUACUUAUCCACGGUCUGCCAUUUUGUCGGUCGCGAGUUUUUCUCCGCGGGAAAAAGUCAUCUACACCAGAACAGCCGAGUUUGGUAACUUUACCUUCAUGAUGGAAAUGUACCCCACGGCCGAAUAUGACACUCCAUACGACACCUACCCCGUACAAAAGGACCUGAAUGAAAAAAUGUACCUGGAAGUAAAGGUACUGUCCAAUGACUCCAAGUUGGUUUUGUUUCCCGAUAAAUGUUGGGCCACGCCCAGUUCAGACCCGGAAGACGACAAAUCGUUUGCUUUCAUCGAGGACGGGUGCAACGAAGAUGCGACAUUGGUGUAUGACUACGAAGAGAGUGCUGUGCAGCAGUUCAGCUUAGACGCAUUCCGGUUCAUGGGUGUAAGUGCGGAUGCUGUGGUGUACCUCCACUGCGCAGUGGAAGCCUGCCGCAAGGGAGAUAACUCCUCCCGCUGUGCUCAGGGCUGCGAAGAAGACAACGGUUCCAAGAGGAGGAGACGUAGCCUAGUACUGGAUAGUAUCGGACAGGAGACCGUUACUGUUGGACCAGUGUAUAAAAAAGUUGAUGAUGAACCAGCACAAGAGGGUGAGAGUCAGUGAGCCGGAGCGUUCGCG